CAUACGUAGUAUAUUAUGGAGUAUUUAUCAUCGUGCAGAUGUUUGUACUUGGCUGGUCUACAAAUGAAGUUAAGGAACAGAGUAUAGGAAUUUCGGAUGCAAUCAGUAAAAGUUGCUGGUACAACAUGAAUAAAUCUGUACAAGAAUCUAUGGUUCUGAUCAUGAUGAGAGCUCAAAGACCUUUGGUGAUCACAAUAGGACCUUUUGGCCCUAUGAGCAUUGAUACAGCAAUAACGAUCAUGAAGGCUGCAUAUUCUUAUGUGACUUUAACACUGAACAUGUAUAAGGAAUAACAAAUUGCUGGUAGUUGUAUACAGGACGUUCAAAUUACAUGGGAUCAAGUAUUAAAGAUACCAUAAGACUUCAAAAAUGUUCUAUUAUGAAUUAUUUUAUGUAGCUCAUUUUAUAUUUCUUAAGUCUUCAAACUGGCACAUUCUUA